GUUGCGAUUACAUUAAACUUUUCAUAUCCGUGCGCGUUGUUCAAGAACUCUACAAAAAUUGUGCGCUUCAAACAAGUCGUUGCCGCUAAUUACGGCCACCCACCCAACAACCACCAACACCACCACCAUCAACAGCACAACUCGCAUUAUACAGCUGCAACAUCUGCCGCCAAUCCCAACCACAAAGUGAAUAACUUUGAGGCAAAAAUGCAUCUCACAACGACUACAAAUGGAGGAGGCACGGCCAAUAAUAAUAAUACGGCCGCCUCCAGCAACAACAACAACAACAAUUCCAACACCCAGAAUAACAACAACACAAGUUCGAGCAAUUCCAAUGGCAACAAUAACAACAACAGUUCAAAUGGCAACAACAACAACAAUUCGAGCGAACAAAAUACUCCGCCCACAGCAGCCCAACUGCUGAAUGAGGCCUAUACGAAAAUGACUUCGGACAUAUUGGCCGAACGCACACUCGGCGAUUUUCUCACCGAACAUCCGGGUGAGUUGAUCCGCACCAGCAGUCCGUUGUUCGUUUGCACCGUAUUGCCGCCGCAUUGGCGUUCGAAUAAAACAUUGCCGGUGGCCUUUAAGGUUGUGUCGCUGGGCGACAUCAUGGAUGGCACAAUGGUAACGGUGCGGGCGGGCAACGAUGAGAACUAUUGUGCCGAACUGAGAAAUUCGACGGCAGUGAUGAAGAAUCAAGUGGCGAAAUUCAAUGAUUUACGAUUUGUGGGGCGAAGUGGUAGAGGGAAAAGCUUUACACUAACCAUCACAGUUUCGACAAAUCCGCCACAUAUUGCCACAUACAACAAGGCCAUUAAGGUAACCGUCGAUGGACCUCGAGAGCCACGUUCAAAAACCAUGUUAUCUAUUUUAGGACAACAACAACAGUUCCAUUUUGCCUUUGGCCAAAGACCGUUCCAUUUUUCGACGGAUCCCUUAUCUGGUUUUCGCAUGCCGCCCAUUGGUAACUGUCAAAAUGUGUCACCAUUUGUUUUAGGUGCCAGCAAUACCCAUUGGGGCUAUGGAUCGGCUACAGCAUAUUCACCAUAUUUGGCCAGCAGUGGACUCUCCUCCUGCACUACACCAACAUCGGCGCAAUUCAAUAAUCCAGCAUUGGGAUUCUCAUGCUCAUCAAAUGAGCAGGGGAAUAAUCAAGAUUUUACCGGACAAGAUUUUACCGGAGCCUCGAACAGAGAUUGUGUGCCAAUGCUACCCGAUUCCACAGCUUCCGAUUUGGAUCAGCAUUUAAGCAGCCUUGUGGGUUCCACCACAGGUCAAAUGACCCAUCACAGUUUGCUGGGCUCGACGGGUCAAACAGCCAUCUCCUCCACAGUCAAUGGCGCCGCUGGGGCAGGAGCCAAUUCGAUUUUGGUACCACGUUAUCAUAACUCCAACAACGAUUACAAUGUACACUCCAGCCAAAAUGGACCACGCAGUCUGAGUGAUUCCUCGCAAGCCGAAUCACCUGUGCAGGAGGACCUACUCUCCACCAACACCCCCAAUUUGGGUGGGGCAAAUGGUAAUGCAGCCACCAAUGGGGGGGCCAAUAGUAAUUCAAAUGGCUCUGCCAAUAACUCGUUGGUAGGUUCUAAUCCAAAUUUUACAAAUCUAGUGAACCAAAGUCAAAAUCCGGCUGGCUAUGGAGCCACAGCCGGCUCUGGGGUAGGUGGAGGUCAUGGUGGGGCCACUGGAGCUGGUUGCAAUGGUUCCCUGUAUCCUGUAUUGCCGGCCAGUUUGUUGUAUUCGCAACUCUAUACCGCCGCCAAUCAAUCGCAUGGCUUUCAUUCACAUUCCCUACCCUCGCAUACUUCACCCAAUUCCACGGUGCAUGGGGAGUUGCAAAGUGUCAUGGAUCAUAUCAGCAAUGUGGGAGUGAGACAACAGCAUAACAUAAUGUCCGGAGGAGGAGUGACCCAUCCGGGUGAUUUGACCUUGAUAGGCAAUUGUGGGGCCUCAGUGCGCAAUAUCGAGGAUGGCAACACCAAUCGGCAAUUGACCGCUUUGGCUGCCCAUCGCGGUCAUCAUAAUCCUGCGGACAAUGGAAGUGUUUGGAGGCCAUAUUGAGGUCAGGUGCUAUGGUGCGGCUCGGCAGUCCUAUAGUGUUACGAGAAUCCCCAGGAUGAAGGUAGCGCAACAGCAGCUGUGGGCACUGAGAGCAAGCACUGGUGAGAGAUACAGAGAGAUGGAGAGAGAG